UCAUGCUGCUGCCAGGUCCAGAGUGUGUCAUGGGUCCCUGUACGGCCUCCCAUUGCUGCUGUCUCCAUCGCCACACUCUGCCAUGUGCCACUUUCAGGUCUCCUCACACUGCUGGUGGGUUCCAUUUUGUCAUAGGGUGCUGGCAGAUUACGGGCCUCCCAUUGCUGCUGCCAGGCCCGUAAUCUGCCAUGGGCCCCCGUACCGACUCCUCAUGCUGCUGCCAGGCCCGUAAUCUGUCAUGGGCCCCUGUACCGCCUCCUCAUGCUGCUGCCAGGUCCAGAGUGUGUCAUGGGUCCCUGUACGGCCUC